AUGGGGUCCGAUUCAAUCUCGGCCCUCUAUGACUUCUUGAACUCCCAAACCAACAAGUCAGGAAUCGCCGCUGUUCUGCGAUAUUACCACUCGGUUCGCGUGACGAUUCAUAAUACUUCCGUGUCCUCUGUUGCCGACUUCCUCCGCGGUUUGUACCGCAAUGACAGCGUGAACUGGGGCCAGGCUGUGUUUUUGACUUCCUGUGUGAUCGCAAUGGCUGGCUGUGGACUGUUGUCGUCUUUCGGGAGGCGCAAGCGCUCGGGGUCGGGAGGCUCUCGUACGCAGCGCACUUCCAUUCGCAAAAGCUGGACCAAAUCCUCGUCGAAGACGCUCAGCUCUUCCGAGGAGGAUGACUACGAGGACGAAGACUAUGACAGCAAUGCGUCAUUGCGCCAUGGUACUAAUCCAAACUACAAACCGAAGGAGGACUGGCUAUCGGAGCCUCAGAAGCAAAGCUCUGAUGCACACAAGACAGACCCAGGCAUUCUCAGGAAAUUUACUACAUACAACUCUUACACUACCUCAUACGCCGUCUAUCCCGCUAUCCGUACAUUCUACAGUCCUCAUCCACACCUUGCUCGGCUUCCUACCAAGCCUACACCCGUACCUCUCAUUGUGGUUAUUCAUGGGCUAGGCGGAUCUCUUGCACAAUUCCAUCAUCUUCUUACCAGUCUAUCCAAUGUUGGAUCAUGCUUCGGGAUUGAUUUACCCGGGUGUGGACUGUCCAAGUUUGCGCCUACGGAUUGGAGCGCGUACUCCGUGGAGGCGCUUUCUGAAUUACUCGUCGAAGCGAUUGAACAGCACAGAGAUCGACAGUCAGGUCAGCAAGUCAUUCUGAUCGGCCACAGCUUGGGCUGUUCCUUGUCCGCUUUGAUAGCUUCGUCGACUUCAACCAUCGGAGCAAAGCUAAAAGAGCACAUCAUUGGACUUGUGGCUGUCUGCCCUCGGUCAUCUCCCCCAUCGCCGGAGGAAACAGCUGUUUUCCGCCGAUUGCUGCAUGUUCCUGGCCCGAUUUUCGAUCUCUGGCGCCGUUGGGACCGACGUGGAGGCGAACAGAGUGCCAGUGUCGCAAGAAUGGUUGGCAGCGAUGCCGACAUUGAGACACGGGAUCUUCAGGUGCGAUUCAACAAACAGAGCAAAACCCCUGUUUGGCGUCGCAUGGCCUGGGGUACUCUCCCCACCUAUGGAAAGGAUGGUCAGCCAAUUGGUGGACUUCCUGGUGAAAAGGUCUGGGCGGGAGUCCGCAUGCCCAUUCUUUUGGUUGCAGGAGAAGCAGAUGCGGUUACCAAGCCGGUCGAGGUGCAGAAGCUUCUGAAAUUCUUUGGUGAUGCUUCGGCUCAGACAGCGAUCGAUGUCUCUGAAAGCAGCAUUGUUCCAGACGCCUCGCGGGUUCAUGAUCAAAUGUCAACUCCAAUUGAUGGUUUUGUGAGUGAAAAGCAGAUUGGGCUUGGAUUCGCCGUCGAACAGAAGGAAUUGGAACAGGGUGGGCAGACCGGUGUCCGCAGGAGAUUGAUUAAAUCAGCCAUCUUGCCUGCACCCGCAGCCCAUGCAUUGCUCUACGACCGAGCAACCUAUCGCACCCUUGCAGGAAUUAUUCAGGAUUUCCUCUCAUCUCACGUUGACAAGCGUCUUGGCCUUGGUUGGCAAUUGCAAUUUAUGAACACAUCAGGAAAAUGGGAUGUCAAGAACCUCGCCAAGUGGAAGAAGGUUGCCCCAGUUUCGGAGAGGAUUGCCGACACCUUCGCCGCUCUCAAGAUGCUGCGAGAGGUCGACGAGGAACACAACCCUGUGAUGUUCUCAGCUAAAUACCACGAUCGCAUCCACGCUGUCAUUGACAUCAGCCAUGAAAGCCCGGUCUAUAAUCCAGCUGAGAUGGAGAAAGGUGGCAUUCGCUACUGCAAGCACCCGACUGUGUCCAAGAUUCCCCCAACUCCAGAUGAGACGCGCGACUUCAUCGCCCUAGUUGAUAGCCUGCAGAAGGAGAUCGAUGAUAAGAUGGAGAAGCGUGAGGAUGAUACCUUGCCUCGCCCAUUGGUUGGAGUCCACUGUCAUUACGGCUACAACCGCACUGGGUUUUUGAUUACUUGCUAUCUCAUCGAACGUCUUGGAUUCGGUGUGCAGCAGGCGAUUGAUGAGUUCAAUCGGUGCCGGCCACCAGGCAUUCGCCAUGGUCAUUUUGUUGACACACUAUUUGUACGGUAUUGCGUUGGUCUGAAGAGAGCGCCCACGUUGUAA